AUGAACCGACCAACCGGCCAGACGCCGCCGCCGAGCGGAUCCGCUCCUACACGCGCUAACCCGCUAAACACCCCAUCCCACCCCGGUCACUCGUCACGCGCGCGCAAGCAUCAUCGCGGAGGGAAGAAGAACAAGAAGUCUAGGAGGAAGUCGUUCGCUCUCCUUCCUGACAUGGCCCAAGACAGCGUCAACUCGGAAGGCUUGAGCGAAGCGCCCCCACGCUUUUAUUCCCGGCCAAAUCAUAACCUGAGCAACACAAGCCUUGAAAGUGCGGCAUUGCUAGACCAUCGAGACCAGCAGCCAUUCUUACGUCCGCGGCGCCCGUCCAUGAUGGCAAGCGCUUCUUUUCCGGCAUCGCAGCCUGCCACUCGAUCGAAGGUCAGCGGGAAUGUUGAACACAGCGACCGGGAAGAUAACGAGACCGCACCUCUUCUUUCCAAUCCGUCGUUCCAGCGAAGCGAAACCAUCACAGUCUAUGGCUCAAAUGACACAUCUCAGCGCAGGAGCGGGCCUGCCAGCCGACGCAACUCGAGCAAGGCGAGCAGUCAUCGCCGGGUACAGACCACAAACUACAAUGUCAAUUAUCCCCCCUCGGUUCCGGGUUCUCCUACCAUGCGCCCAUCGGACCGCCUCGAGAUGAGUUUUGGCGACGUGCUACUCCGUGAUGAUCUUGAAGGAGACCAGCGAUCGCCAAGGAGAGAUUCUCUGGAUGAGAGCGGUGAUCGUGGAGCAUAUCCCCCUUCUCCCCAAGAUAGGAGGAAGUCUAUCGCCUUACAGGCCCAAAAUGACGUGUGCUUCCCACAGGAAGGCUUGUCAGACGUUGCCGACGACGAGCUUGCUCCUCAAGAAACGGGAGCGUUCCGCAGGAGGGCCCGCAGGCGGCGUACCAAGUGGCCAAAUCUGGCGAUUCUGGAGGAAUGGAGUCGCAUGGAGAAGGAAGGCCGCAGCGAAGAGCGCCGUGUCAAGAAGAUUACGGAGCCUCAACUGAUCAAUGGUCGGCUGAGGCCUGUCCACCGGGGCUGGUUCCAGGCCCAGGAAGAGGCCCCUUAUCGCUUCACCUACUUCAACGAGGAAUUCCCGAGCACGAUUCACAGCCAGACGAUCUCGGAGCUUGUUCAACCUGGCGGCACCUUCAAGGAGCUGUUCAUGCCAGAUCCCCCUAUCUUGCCAGAUAGCUCCGAGAGCGAGGAGGAGGAGCCUGAUAGCGAUCUGCAACAAGUUCUUCAGGGACAAAUUGGCGCGCCUAGCAUCCCUGUGAAUCAGCCAACCCUGACCAGCUCACCCAAGGACAUCGGGUCCAGGAAGCAGUCCGGCACCAGUGACAAGAAUUUAUCAUCGAAUGGAGCGGGUUCAGUCUCGGCUGUCAAAUCCCAAGAUCCCAGCAAGUCUCCCAAGUCGGAAAAGCCCCCAAAACCCCCAAAGUUUGGCGAGCGACCAGUCUGGUGGCUGGAUGUGCUCUGCCCCACGGAGGCCGAGAUGAAGGUUCUUUCUAAGGCGUUUGGUUUGCAUCCCUUGACAGCCGAGGAUAUCAUGAUGCAGGAGCAGCGCGAGAAGGUCGAGCUCUUCCGGAACUAUUAUUUUGUCAAUUACCGCACCUUCGACCAGGACCAGACCAGCGAGAACUUCCUGGAGCCGGUCAACAUGUACGUGGUUGUGUUCCGCGAAGGCGUGCUUAGCUUCCACUUCAGUGUUACGCCACACCCGGCCAACGUGCGCCGUCGCAUCCGUCAGCUGCGCGAUUAUAUGAUUCUCUCCUCUGACUGGAUCUCGUACGCCAUCAUCGACGACAUUACUGAUGCUUUCGGUCCCCUUAUCCAAGCCAUUGAAGACGAAGUUGAUGAGAUUGACGACGCCGUCCUGCAAAUGCACUCCGCAGAUGAUCCAACAAGUCGGGAUAAGAAGCUUCAGGAGGGCAGCGGUGGUGACUCGGCCGAAGCUGGUCGCGACAUGCUGCGGCGCGUUGGCGACUGUCGCAAGAAGGUUAUGUCGCUUUAUCGUCUGCUGAGUAACAAAGCAGAUGUGAUCAAGGGCUUUGCUAAGCGCUGUAACGAACGCUGGGAGGUGGCGCCCCGGUCGGAGAUUGGCCUGUACCUGGGCGACAUCCAGGAUCAUAUUGUGACCAUGACAUCGAACUUGAGUCACUAUGAGAAGAUCUUGGCUCGCUCCCAUGGCAAUUACCUCGCACAAAUCAACAUACGUAUGAACGAACGUCAAGAACAGACUGCCGAUGUGCUGGGCAAGCUCACCGUCCUCGGUACCAUCGUCCUGCCUAUGAACAUUAUUACUGGUUUGUGGGGCAUGAACGUGUGGGUGCCCGGCCAGGGCGCCGAGGGUGACCUCCGCUGGUUCUCGGCAAUCACGAUCGGACUGCUUGCCUUUGGACUCGCGUGUUACUGGAUUGCGAAGAGGGUGUACAAGAUUGUGUAA